AUGGCGGAUGCUGAAGAGCGCCUCUCGUUUGCUUCGGCAGACCACACUGUCAAAGCGUUGAAGAGGCAUCUGCAGAGACAUUGCGGUCGGCCGAGAUUUCAGCAGCAGAUCAUUCGCCCAAGUGGGGAGAUCCUUCGGGACAGUGAUGAUUUCAACGCGUUUUCAGAACUGCAGCUGGUUCUGCUUAGUCAUAGCCCCACCACUACAGAAGAAGCGAGUGAGCUCGCAACAGCAGCAGGAGAGGGUGAUACGGCUCGGGUUGAGGACAUUCUGCAGAGACCCCAAAAUCCUAAUGCGAAGGACGGGAUUGGGCUCACAGCUCUUCAUGCUGCAGCGAGUCAAGGACAUGAAGACGUCGUACUACUUCUGCUGGAAGCUGGUGCAGACAAGGACAGCAGCAGCGAGGACGAUGCGGUGACGCCGCUUCUUCUCGCAGUCGCGUGCGGCCACGUGCAGAUGGUGAGGUUGUUGUUGGCAGCGUAUGCGGACAUGGCCAAAGCCACUCAGCAUGAUGGAGUAGCACCUCUUCUUGUCGCGGCUGAACAAGGCAACUUGGAGGUAGCGCAGUUGCUGCUGGAGUUUGGCGCCGACAAGAACCAAACAAGCACGGACAGAGGCGCAACACCUCUUCUUGUGUCAGCUGAGCAAGGCCAUUUGGCGAUGGUAAAGUUGUUGCUGGACCUUGGCGCCAACAAGAACCAAGCAUGCACCGACCGAGGUGCUGCGCCUCUGUUUGUGGCUGCAUUUCAUGGCCACUUGGAGGUGGUGCGCUUACUGCUGGAGUUUGGUGCCGACAAGAACCAAGCCACUGUAGACACAGGCGCGACGCCUCUUUUUGCGGCAGCUCUUCGAGGCGAUAUGGAGAUGGUGCGAUUGUUGCUGGAGUUUGGUGCGGACAGGAACCAAGCCACUACACACAGAGGCGCCACGCCUCUCUUUGUGGCAGCUCAGCACGGCCAUGUGGAUAUCGUGCGCUUCUUGCUGAAGUUUGGUGCCAACAGGAACCAGGCCACCACGCACAGAGGCGAAACCCCUCUUUUUGUGGCAGCUCGGCAGGGCCAUUUGGAGAUAGUUCACUUGUUGCUGGAGUCAGGCGCCGACAAGAACCAAGCAAGCACGGAGACAGGUGAAUUGCCUUUUUCCGUGGCGGAUCAGCAAGGCCACUUGGAGGUGGCGCAUGUUUUGCGGGACCAUGGCACUGACAAAAACAGAUGCUGCAGCCGCGACGCCUCCUUCUUUGGCAGCGGAGCAUUGCCAUUUGGAAGUUGCUAG